GCCCGCUGGUUGCCUAGCAACGGCCAGACGCGGAGAGAUGGAGGCUGCCAGUGGCCGGGAACGACAAGCGAGAGAAUAUUUAGAGAAACACGGGAUCAUGGAGCUGCUGAACCAUCUCACCACCGUCCUCUUGUUUUUCCGGCCAGAAAAACCAAGAGACUAUUUAAUAACUCUGUUGGAACGGGUGCGGAUUGCCAAAGAAACCGGCGUAGCAUUUCCCUUCUUCAUGGAUAACUCUAACAUUGUGGCCAUGUUCGAGAUGAUGGACUCCGCAGGCAGAGGUGCCAUCUCAUUUGUGCAGUAUAAAGAAGCCCUAAAAACCUUGGGUCUGUGUACUGAAGAUGAAGUUUUAAAAGGCGAAGGACAUAUAGUAACUUUGGACCAAUUCAGGGAUGAAGUGAACAAGAGGACUGAGAAAAUAUGGUCAUCAUUUUAAUUAUGCCCUAACUCCAGGAUAAUAAUGAAUGAUUCUAAA